UCGUGGCAUACUGCGCAUGCGCACCUGCGGGCGGCGGCGGGGAUGGCGGCGGGGAACGGGGAUUUCGGGUCGGGGUCGCGGCUGGACCCCGGAGCGCUCAUGGAGCAAGUCAAAGUACAGAUCGCCGUGGCCAACGCCCAGGAGCUGCUGCAGAGAAUGACAGACAAAUGUUUCCGGAAGUGCAUUGGGAAACCGGGGAGCUCCCUUGAUAACUCCGAGCAGAAAUGCAUCGCGAUGUGUAUGGACCGCUACAUGGAUGCCUGGAAUACCGUCUCACGGGCCUACAAUGCACGACUGCAGAGGGAGAGAGCCAACAUGUGAUGGGCUGGGCAAGGCGGCUGCGGAGCCCCAUCACGGACUUAACCAAUGGAUCUAUUCGGGUCACCGAGCGAGGUGGUUCACUAGGAAGUGUGGACUGGCUGGAUUUGUGGCCUGUGUGGCAGCAAUUAAAAUGACCGCACGUGGCGCCACCUCC